AUGGAUACGAAAGACAGACCAAACGCUGCGCAUCAUGAAGGGGGAGCGACGGAAGAAGAGCAGAUUGAGAUGAUUCCGGGCACCGAGGUCAUGGCAGAUGUUGAAGAGAAACACCUUGCCCAUGCCCACAAUUCUGCCUCCUCCGCAAUCCUAAUUCCGCAGCCGACAAACGAUCCGCACGAUCCUUUGAAUUGGAGUCUCGGGUGGAAAACCUUGGUGAUGGUCAACCAAGGCUUCUUCGUGAUUUCGAGCGUUAUUCCGGCUCUUUCUAUCGCCCCUCUGACGCCUUUAUUCAUGGAGACAUGGAACAGAUCCUUAACUGAUGUGGCCCUGUUGACUGGAGUUACGGUUAUGCUUCUUGGAUACUGUAACUUUAUCAUCAUCCCCUGCAGCGAGAUAUUUGGGCGACGUAUCACACUCAUGUGCUGCUGUCUGUUGAACAUGGCCGCCCUCAUCUGGUCGGCAACGGCAAAUUCCUAUGGCUCCUUCCUCGGCUCCCGCAUUCUGACCGGCACUGGGGCUUCAGCUAAUGAGAGCAUCAUGAACGUCGUUGUUGCGGACAUGUACUUCCUCCACGAACGGGGUAAAUAUGUGGGCUCGUACUUCUGGUGUUAUUUCGUUGGGCUAUUCUUGGGCCCUGUCAUCGCUGGCGCUGUCGCUGACCGAGUCUCUUACCGCUGGUUCUUCUGGGCUUGCACGAUUGCCCAGGGAUUGAACAUGGUCGCCCUGGUUUUCUUCUUUCCCGAAACGCGUCGAAGUUACGACAAGUACAAUGAUCACAGCCAACCCUCUAAUAACGCCAUAGGUCAGAAUGAGCAUAAAACCGAAAGCUCGACGUUGGACUCAUCUGGUGCAGUGACGAUAGGACAUGAAUACGUCGGCAAAGGAAGGCCAAGCCGAGCCCAAUUCAACCUCUUUCAACCAAUCGACCGCGCGGCUCUUAAACAUCUCUUUCGUCACUUUUUGACCCCAGUGCAGAUAUUUUUCUUCCCGAUUAUUUUCUGGGCAUCCAUGUCCAUGGGCUGCGCCGCCAACGCCCUGCUUGCCGUAAAUUUACUACAGUCGCAGGCAUUGGCCGCGCCACCAUACAAUUUCACUCCCGCGCAGGUAGGAUAUGCAAACUUCGCGUUGGUGGCCGGAGGUAUUAUCGGCCUUGGAGUCGCUGGCCCUUGGUCGGACUGGAUUUCACAGAAAGCCACGAAACGGAAUGGGGGGAUUCGCGAGCCGGAGAUGAGAUUGAUAUCACUGGCCCCAUUCAUUGCUGCCGCCCUCGUUGGCCUAGUCGCUUUUGGGGUGGGAGUGCAAGACAAGUGGCCUUGGCCAGCUGUGGUCGUCGUUGGGUUCGGUCUAGUUGGUGUCCAAGUUGUUGCGAUACCAACCAUUGUAAUCACCUAUGCGAUCGACUCCUACAAGCCCGUCACGGGCGAGAUUAUGGUGAUUGCAACUGUCUGCAAGAACACGUUUGGGUUUGGCAUGACUUACUUCAUGAACGACUGGGCGACUACUAGCGGUUUCAUUCCACCUACGAUGCUUCUAAUGGCUAUGACUGUAGGAAUUACUCUUCUGGGGAUGAUUGUGUUUAUUUUCUUUGGGAAGAAGUUUCGUUACUGGACCAAAGAUGCAAGGAUUCAUUCAUUUUGA